AAAUCUUGAAUUAGUGGACGUUGUUGGUAUUAAGUGAUUUGAAUUUUUUUUAUUUGUGAGCUAUUUUAUACCUUAUUUUAAAAAUGAAGAAUUGUUGUGUGCCUGGAUGUAUGGAUCGAGUAAGCCAAAGGCAUCGUUUCCCCAAAGCCAAUCGGACUAUUUUCAAAACUUGGUUGAAAGUUAUUAAUCCACAAAAUUGGAAAGAAUUAUCCGAUGAACAGAUUUACAAUAGAUACUACGUGUGUCAUGCACAUUUUUCCAAGAAUUAUCAUUUACCAGGUAGUAAAAGAGGUCUCACAAUUGAUGCAGUUCCAACAAUAGGUGUACCAGGAACUAGUUUUCAAACAGAUCAGCUUGCAAAUGAGCAAAAACUUUCUGAAGUAAUAACAGGAGUUGAUACGGGAAAAAUACCUUCUGAAGCCGGGCCAAGUGGGAUUGAGAAAUCAAUACCAGAAGGUUUGUACUGUUUGUAG